CAAGUUUGAUAGCUUGGCCCUCAUGUGAGAAUUGUAUUAAAAGAUAACUAUAUGGCUGAAUGAAAAGCGAACAUAUUACAUGAAAAAAUUGUUCCGGUUUCUGAUAUUGAACUUGGUUUUUUCGAUUACCAAAAAAUGAGUUUCAGCGCUCAAACUCUGUCUCAGCUCCGUGACAUAGUCGACAGAGCUUGUCUUGACCCUCAAAAAGAUAUCCCAGGCGCUGCGAUCGUGGUCAUUGGCAAAGAUGGAAAGGAAUUGUUCGCACACUCUGCUGGUAAGCGUGGUUUGGUAUCAAAAGAUCCAAUGACUCUUGAUACCGUUUUCUGGAUUGCAUCGUGCACUAAGAUGCUCACUGGCUUGGCUUGCAUGCAGCUUGUCGAACAAGGUGCCUUGAAACUGGAUGACGGGGAUCAUCUUGAAAAUCUUGUCCCCGAACUUAAGGAAGUACAAGUGCUACGUGAAGAUGGAACCUGUGAGGCGAAAAAUAGAAAAAUCACUCUACGAAUGCUAUUGAGCCAUACUUCUGGGUUCGGCUACACCUUUUUUAACGAGAGGCUGAGAGAUUGGUCUUUUCCCGCUGGCGCAAAUGAAUUUUCUGGAAGAAUUGAGGAUAUCAUUUCUCUGCCUUUGCUAUUUCAACCCGGCGAGGGAUGGGAAUAUGGCACAGGCGUUGAUUGGGCUGGACUAGCUGUUGAACGGAUAAGUGGACUUGGCCUCAAUGCAUAUUUACAAAAACAUUUGUUCGAGCCUCUAGGCAUCGAAGACAUGUCCAUGUUUCCUAGCAAGGACAUGAGAAACAAACUUGCAUACAUGCACACGAGAUCCCCGGAUGGCAUCAUAAGGCCACGGGAUCACCUUCUUCGAACUCCACUCGUUGUCAAUCUUGAUGAUGUGGCUGAGACAGGCCGGGUGUUUAAUAGUGGUGGUGCCGGCAUGUUUGCAAAGCCCCAAGAAUACUGCAAAGUAUUGGCUGUUUUGUUGAACGACGGCACCUGCCCACGGACAGGUGUCCAAUUACUGCAUAAAGAGACAGUGGAUGAAAUGUUCCAAAACCAGAUUCCACAGUUUCCAAAUUACGGCCGCCAGGGAAUUCCCGCCUCCAAACCAGAUUUAACUAACGUUAUUGGCGAGCUGUAUCCGGUCCAGGAUAUUCCACCACAGGGCUGGGGGCUUACAUUUAUGAAGGCCAAUGGAGGUACUACUGGCAGAUCUACGGAUGCGGCUCACUGGGCUGGAUUAGCAAAUUUAUGGUGGUGGUGCGAUCGAGAAAAUGGAGUGGCUGGGAUGGUAUGCAGUCAGAUACUUCCAUUCGCAGAUAGCCGAGUCAUCAAUCUUUGGAUUGAACUGGAGGCUCAAGUGUACAAAGCACUUUCUAAAUAGCUUACGUCGCAAAUUUCUUGAAGAACCAUCUCACUCCAGUUUGAUUGUACGGCUGUCGCUCAUAGAUACCCAUUUCAAUUCCCUUAAUGGCUGAGCUGCCGAGUGGGAUAUUGUACAUUUUACUAAGGCAACGUGGCG